UCGAAAUUUUGGCUUUGUGGCUUUCUUUCACUUUCAUUCUCAUCAAGCGAACCUGUGUAAAAAUAUUUGGAGUUAAUCUGAAAUCAGGAAAAUAGUCACAUAAUGGAUGAGGAAAGUUGUCGUGCUAAGACUGGAGACUCUGAGGAAGAGGAAUGCGGUACUGCGGAUCAAACAGAUGCUAAACCUGAUCGGAAAGCAAGAUUUUCGUUCUUCGGAAGAAGGAAGAUCAAGGAUGAAAAGGAAUCAUCCUCUGAGCAGCACUACAGGAUCAUUUUUCCAACAUUCCAGUAUAAUAUGAACCACCAGCGAGUAGGAAAAUGUGUCAUCAUUAACAAUAAGAACUUUAAUCGAGAGACAGGGAUGACUGUACGUAAUGGCACAGAUCGAGAUGCAGAAGAGCUGUCCAAAUGCUUUAAAAACCUGGGGUUUGAAGUUGUCAUCCACAAUGACCAGACCUGUGACGAAAUGACAGAGAUACUGGAAAAGGUGUCAAAGGAGGACCACACUAACAACUCUUGCUUUGCCUGCAUCCUGCUAAGCCAUGGAGAGGAGGGCAUGAUAUAUGGAACAGACAUGGCCAUGCCCAUCAAAAACCUAACCUCCCUCUUCAGAGGGGACAUGUGCAAGAGCCUUGUGGGCAAACCCAAGCUCUUCUUCAUCCAGGCCUGUCGAGGUUCAGAGUUUGAUGAUGGUAUACAGACUGACUCAGGAAGACCUGAUGACUGUCUAGAAACAGAUGCGAACCCCAGACACAAAAUCCCAGUGGAGGCAGACUUCUUGUUCGCAUACUCCACUGUUCCAGGUUACUACUCAUGGAGGAAUCCAAGCCAGGGCUCUUGGUUCGUCCAAGCUCUUUGUAACAUUCUCAGUGAAUUUGGCAAGCAACUGGAAAUCUUGCAGAUCCUCACACGUGUCAACUACAUGGUGGCAACCAACUUUGAGUCUUGGUCUGACGACCCACGCUCUAGUGAGAAGAAGCAGAUUCCCUGUGUUGUCUCUAUGCUGACCAAAGAGCUUUAUUUUAACUGAUAACUAUAUGACCUUAAAGUUUUUUGUCUAUUGACAGUGUGAAAUAUUCAUGUUAGAUUUUAUGACAUUUUAAAAAGUACCUGUAGCCUAUACAGUAGAAGCACUUAAGUAUUUUUUUUAGUAACAUCACUGUUACUUAUUUCUUCUUUUAUCCUCUUUUAUAUAAAGCCAGAAUGUUCACAACAAAAUGGCACCUCUUGUAGUAAAGAACUUAAAAUUACAGUAUAAUUAAGAUUUAUCCAUCAUGCCUACCACUGUAAAAACACAUUUAAUAACGUGUAACUGGCUGCACAUUUUAUAUAGUUUUAUCAGGAGGUUGCAGUAGUCAGUGGUUGGAACUUAACUAGAGGUUAAAAGUCCCCUUUUCUGCAGCCUUAGCGCGGAGUCUAGGAUUACCCAAAGGAAGGAGUUGUAAUACAAAGAGUCCACUGACCUAAAAGUCUCCAAGGCAGGCAUUAAGGUGAGAGCUUUAAGGAAAUUGUGAGCAUUGGAGGCAAUGAACCAGUUAGAAUUUCAUCACUGAGCAUUAGUAGGAUCUUUGGCAGUUGAUCAAGCAAGUUUAGACAGCAGUAUAACAACCUAUUACAACAAAGGGAGGGACAAAGAGACAGGAUCUGGUUCAAAAGGAAGUGAGAGCCAAUGUUGGGUUGCUGCAUGCAAGUCAGAUGUUGGAAAUGUGGCAGAAGUUGCAUGGACUAGGUGGGAACCUGUGAUGGACUGCAAGAUCACAUGGACAGUGAACUUCCCGCAUUCUCAGUCUGUGUAUGGCGUUCUGCCUCAUUUGGCCAACCGUUUUUAUUAGGGCAAUGUGAAAGCACCAGCAUGUCCCUUGUGCCAAGAAAGAGGAACUCUGAAACACAUCCUUAGCAGCUAUUGGUUAAUAUAAUUCAUAAAUUAUUUUGUCCUUACUGUUCUUGACAACAUGGAAAACAAACAGUACUUUACUGGCAUGUACACCUAUUUCUGUUCCAAAAACCUUCACCCUAAGCCCUGCAGGAAAAAAGUACAUCUGUCUGUAUAUGUUCCCACUGGGAAUUACCAUCUACAUUAAUUACACAACCAUCAAGUAAAAGGGGAAGUUCCUCAUGUAAAAAAAAUUUCAUCUGGAAUUUUGAAGUUUGGUAUAUAAAUUGUGGCAAAACUAUAAAUCACACUAUAGCACAGGAGGAAAUAUAUUUUACUUCAUGUGAGGUGGCCUUCAACAUUAUCAGAGAGUUUGGAGUGAGUUAAAGUAAAAAUAUUAAAUUGUUAAAGUAAUUCCUAUUAUAAAUAAACACACAUACCUUAACACACACAAAAACACUUAUUCUAAAGCUUUAAAAGAAAUAAAACAUGAAAGCUGUGAUUUUAAUUUUAUAUUUUGUUCUGUCAAUUUAUUAUUUAAAGAGGCAGCUACUUUAUCAAUAGUUGGAGGUUUUAAUAACUGUCAAAUG